CUUUUCUAGAAGUUAUUACAGCGACUAAAGAUUUCAAAAACUUUGACAAAUUUGUCAACAAAUAUACACCAAAAUAGCCACCCAAAUGUACGCUAAUGCACAAACACCAAUUAUUUUAUAACACAUACAUACGCAUGCGUUACGUUUCCAACUUUCUCUACAUCUAUAUAUUUAAUAAUGCACACUCAUAAUCUGCAAGAGCGUGCAAAAAAAGACCAAGAAGCAUUAGAAACAGAGAAAGAUAAUCAAGAAUGGGGAGAAUGGAGGUGGAGAGGAAAACAAUAGGCUGGGCUGCGAGAGACCCAUCUGGGAUACUCUCUCCUUACACUUACACUCUCAGGGAGACAGGACCAGAGGAUGUACACAUAAGAAUCAUAUGCUGUGGAAUCUGCCACACCGAUCUCCAUCACACUAAAAACGAUCUCGGCACGUCUAACUACCCCAUGGUUCCUGGGCACGAGGUUGUAGGGGAAGUAGUAGAGGUGGGAUCAGGUGUGAGUAAGUUCACCGUAGGGGAUAUAGUUGGAGUUGGUUGUCUCGUUGGAUGUUGCGGUGGUUGUAGCCCCUGCGAGAGGGAUCUCGAACAGUAUUGUCCCAAGAAAAUAUGGAGUUACAACGAUGUUUACAUCGAUGGUCAGCCUACACAAGGUGGCUUUGCUAAAGCCACUGUGGUUCACCAAAAGUUUGUGGUGAAGAUUCCAGAAGGAAUGGCGGUUGAGCAGGCAGCCCCGCUACUGUGCGCCGGUGUGACGGUGUACAGUCCACUGAGCCACUUUGGGCUGAAGAAACCAGGUCUAAGGGGAGGCAUACUAGGGUUAGGUGGAGUUGGUCACAUGGGUGUGAAAUUCGCCAAAGCAAUGGGGCACCAUGUGACUGUCAUAAGCUCAUCAAACAAGAAGAGAGAAGAGGCUUUGCAAGAUCUUGGAGCCGAUGAUUACGUGAUCGGAUCCGACCAGUCGAAGAUGAACGAACUUGCUGAUUCAAUGGAUUACAUAAUAGACACGGUCCCUGUUCAUCAUGCACUUGAGCCUUACUUGUCUCUGCUUAGGCUUGAUGGGAAACUCAUACUCAUGGGAGUCAUCAACAAUCCGUUGCAGUUUCUCAGUCCUAUGGUUAUGAUUGGGAGGAAAAUGAUAACUGGGAGCUUCAUAGGGAGCAUGAAGGAAACCGAGGAGAUGCUUGAGUUCUGUAAAGAAAAGGGUUUAAGUUCUAUCAUCGAAGUUGUGAAAAUGGACUAUGUAAACACUGCGCUUGAGAGACUCGAGAAGAACGAUGUGCGUUAUAGGUUCGUGGUUGAUGUCGAAGGAAGCAAACUCGAGGCUUGAAUUACUUUUGAAACUAAAUCACCAGUUUAAUUCUUUUACAAACCCCAUUUACGCCGUUUUCUGUUUGAAUGUGGCAUUUAAUAUGACUUAUCACUCUUUUCAUGUGAAAAGAUAAUAAAACGCUUAACAUUUAGAUAAAAA